AUGUCCGCCCCCUUCGUCCCUCUUUACAUCGAUGGCGAAUACACUUCAGCCAGCAACGGUGCCACCUACGAUGUACGCAAUCCGCACUCAUCCCAGGUGGUUUCCACAGCUGCCUCUGCAUCCAGCGAGGACUGCACAAGGGCGGUAGAGGCGGCUGCCCGUGCUUUCGAGACAUGGGAGUAUUCGACACUAGAGCAGCGACGUGAUAUCCUGUUCAAAGCUGCCGAGCUCAUACAGACCGACAAGUAUGCACAGAAGAUACAUUCCGCUGUCACGGAGGAGAAUGCCAGCGUGGACUCCAUAGUUCUCCUCAAUAUUAUACCUACUGUCGGCAUACUUCGCCACGUUGCGACUUUGGUCAACGAACUAAAGGGGGAGACUUUCCCUUCUGCCUUCCCGGGAGGCCAAGUCUUGAUGCAGCGCCGAGCCCAGGGUGUCAAUUUCGGUAUGGCACCAUGGAAUUUUCCGGUUCCUUUGGUGAUCAAAGCUGUUACAUAUCCCCUCGUCUGCGGUAACACCGUCGUGUUGAAGACGUCGGAAUAUAGUCCACGGUCCCACCAGAUUGUCGCAGAACUACUUGAGGAGGCGGGAUUGCCCAAAGGUGUCCUCAACGUCGUACACGUAUCACGAGAGGAUGCUCCCGAUCGAGUUGCCCAGAUCAUCGCGCACCCGGCUGUGCGCACUAUUAACUUCACUGGCGGAUCCAAUGUCGGAAAAAUCGUUGCCGGUCAUGCUGCAAAAUUCCUAAAACCAUGCGUACUGGAGCUAGGGGGGAAGGCACCCGCCGUGGUCCUCAACGAUGCAAAUCUUGCUUUAGCUGCCCGAGCCAUCACGUCCUCCGCGCUUCUGCACUCUGGCCAGAUUUGCAUGUCCACUGAGCGUGUGAUUGUGCAGAAAGGGGUCGCAUCCGACUUCCUUCAGGCUCUUGCCGACGAAUUCAAGAAAUUUUCCGCUGGAGGCCCUGGGGCUAUGCUUUCCGCAGUGGUCCACGAAGGCUCUGCGGCGAAUAUUGUGUCGAUUAUCCAAAAGUCGAUGGCAAGCGGAGCGCAGUGUUUGGUGGGUGACGGGGCGAGGAAUGGUGCAGUGGUGCAGCCGCAUAUUGUGACUGGCGCCAAACCAGGCAUGCCCAUAUGGGAUCAGGAGACGUUCGGACCCGUCGUAGCUGUGGCCGAGGUCGACACAGAAGAAGAGGCGGUGGCAUUGGCGAAUACCACCGAUUAUUCGCUCGUCUCUUCGUUGUGGACGAAGGAUUUGAACAAGGCUGUCACCCUCGGGAUGAAGAUGCGUUACGGGGCUGUCAACAUCAACGGUCCAACGGCCCACGCUGAGGCAGCGAGGGAUAAUAUUGGUCUUGGUGGAUCCUCUGGAUAUGGGCGAUUCCACGUCGAUUCCUUCACCGAUUCGAGACUGAUUGUGAUUCAUCCUACCGACCCGUUCCCGUACCCGCUGACCGGAUGA